AUAGUAGUUGUUGUCACUGCACUUAAACUUACUGCUUUCUAUUCUUCUAUGGCUAUGUCAUCCCACGGCAUCUAAUCCCCCCAACUAUCCUUCCCUAUUUUACAGGCCCCUUUUUUCUUUUCUUUAUUUUUCUUACAGUUCCCAACAACAGCAACCCAUUGUCUGGAACACACUCUUCUUUUCUUCCCCUCGCCCCCUUUUGUUCUUGCAUCACUUUCUUUGUUCUGAAAUUUCUGUAUUUUCAGACAACAAGAACAGUAUUUUACAAGGAAGAAAAGAAAAUAAAGCUUUCAUCUUUUUCAAGUCUUACACUUUCUCUUUAUUGGGAUUUCUUCCUUCCUUCUUUUCUUUCCUUUCUUUAGCUGCUUCCUAUGGAAGCUACUGGAGCUUCUGAGGAUUGUUGUGUGAAGGUUGCGGUUCAUGUAAGGCCGCUUAUCGGUGAUGAGAAGCUUCAAGGUUGUAAAGAUUGUGUUACUGUCAUCCAAGGGAAGCCUCAGGUACAGAUUGGGACGCAUUCCUUUACGUUUGAUCAUGUCUAUGGGAGCACUGGUUCUCCUUCUUCUUCAAUGUUUGAGGAAUGCAUCGUUCCACUUGUCGACGGCUUGUUCCAAGGAUAUAAUGCUACCGUUCUUGCUUAUGGUCAGACUGGGUCAGGUAAAACUUAUACUAUGGGAACAAGCUUGAAAGACGGUUGCCAAACCGGAAUAAUUCCUCUAGUAAUGAAUGCUUUGUUCAGCAAGAUCGAAAGUCUGAAACAUCAAAUUGAAUUUCAAUUGCAUGUGUCCUUCAUUGAGAUUCUGAAAGAAGAAGUGCGAGAUUUGCUGGAUCCUACUUCGUUGAACAAAGCAGAUACUGCAAAUGGAAAUACCGGGAAAGUAAAUGUCCCUGGAAAACCCCUGAUACAGAUUCGUGAAUCAUCAAAUGGUGUUAUUACACUGGCAGGAUCUACCGAAGUUGGUGUCAGUACAUUAAAAGAAAUGGCUGCAUACCUAGAACAGGGAUCGUUGAGUAGAGCUACGGGGAGCACAAACAUGAACAACCAGUCGAGUCGCUCUCAUGCAAUCUUCACCAUCACCUUAGAGCAAAUGCAUAAAGCGAACCCUAUUUCUGGAGAUGGAAGUCUUAAUGACAUCAUGAGUGAAGGAUAUCUUUGUGCCAAAUUACAUUUGGUAGAUCUUGCUGGAUCGGAGCGUGCAAAAAGAACAGGCUCCGACGGGAUGCGUUUUAAAGAAGGAGUUCAUAUCAACAAGGGCCUACUUGCACUUGGUAAUGUCAUCAGUGCUCUUGGUGAUGAGAAAAAACGAAAAGAAGGUGUUCAUGUUCCAUAUCGAGAUAGUAAACUUACACGGCUUUUGCAGGAUUCGCUUGGUGGCAACAGUAGAACUGUCAUGAUAGCAUGCAUUAGUCCU